AACUAAAAGUAUUGGGCCUCGGAUAACUAUCGAAACCUCUUCUGAUUUGGGUUUUAGCUUCCAAUUCAAAACGGCGCCGUUAUGGAAGCACAUCUUGAACGGGAAGAAAAACUCGGGAGUCGGAGAUCGUACCGGAGGACGGCCAAUCUUUCACCCUUUCGCUUCUUUUACUCGCCAGAUGCUUCCGAUUAGUUCUGCGAGCAAUCGCGAUUAGGCCGGAUUGCACCUAAGGAUUGUUGAUGGCGGCGCCGUGGCAGUGGGAAAACGCCACCGCCGGCGCCGUCGCUGGAUUCGCCACAGUAGCUGCUAUGCACCCUCUUGAUGUUGUUCGUACGAGAUUCCAAGUCAACGACGGUAGAGGGUCAAGUCUCCCGACGUACAAGAACACUGCUCACGCUGUCUUCACCAUUGCCCGUCUCGAGGGUUUGAGAGGACUUUAUGCAGGCUUCUUCCCUGCAGUUAUCGGUUCUACUGUUUCAUGGGGAUUAUACUUCUUUUUUUAUGGAAGAGCCAAGCAGAGAUACGCUAGAGGAAGGGACGAUGAGAAACUCAGCCCCGGUCUUCACCUUGCUUCCGCUGCUGAAGCAGGGGCCUUGGUCUGUUUAUGCACAAAUCCGAUUUGGCUUGUGAAAACAAGGUUACAGCUCCAGACACCACUUUAUCAAACCCAACAAUACUCAGGGCUAUUAGAUGCCUUUAGAACCAUAGUGAAAGAGGAAGGACCCAGGGCGCUCUACAAGGGUAUUGUCCCUGGUCUUGUUCUGGUUUCUCAUGGUGCUAUUCAGUUCACAGCAUAUGAGGAACUCCGUAAAAUCAUUGUGGAUUGGAAAGAAAGGAGAAGAAAGUCCGAAUCCGCUGACAAUCUAUUGAACUCAGCAGAUUAUGCUGCACUUGGCGGCUCCUCCAAAGUUGCUGCAGUUCUUCUUACGUAUCCAUUUCAGGUUAUUCGAGCACGAUUGCAGCAAAGACCUAGUACUAACGGAAUUCCAAGAUAUAUAGACAGCUUACAUGUCAUCAGAGAAACCGCGAGAUAUGAAGGUCUCAGAGGUUUCUACAGGGGACUAACGGCUAAUCUUUUGAAAAAUGUACCUGCGUCUUCCAUCACAUUCAUCGUCUAUGAAAACGUCCUGAAAUUGCUAAAACAGCCUCCAACAAAAGAUUAGAUCCUUCUCUUAUUUCUUAGACUCAACACGCGGUUGACUUCUUACGCCUAAUGCAAUAAUAUUAUUCUUUGUUUAUUCAUUUUACGAUAUUAACUUUUACGGUCACAGCUAAAACCAAUACCGAUUCAACAACA